GAUGUGGACGGGGAUGUGGACGGGUCUGUGGACGGAGAUGUGUAGUGAUGUGGACGGGGCUGUGGACGGAGAUGUGCAGUGAUGUGGACGGGUCUGUGGAAGGAGAUGUGCGGUGAUGUGGACGGGGCUGUGGACGGAGAUGUGCAGUGAUGUGGACGGGGAUGUGGAAGGAGAUGUGCGGUGAUGUGGACGGGGCUGUGGACGGAGAUGUGCGGUGAUGUGGACCGGGCUGUGGACUGAGUUACUGAUGGGGACGAUACUGAACAGGGCACUCAGCAGGAUGGAGGAUGGGGACAGUCCAGGCCCAAAGUUUCCGCUUGUUGUGCAAUGUUUUGCCCAGUGACAACGACAUGUAUUUUAUUUAUAAAAGUAUUCUUUUUAACUGUCAUCAAACACUCAGUAAUUAUUUGGUCUCCUCUGGGUUUGAUCAUUUUUGCUCUCGUUCAUCUGCACUGUCAGAAAACACCCGUAGCAGGCCUGCAGCAGGUAAUGAAGGAUCUUCUCGCUGGAUGUCAUUUGCUUGCUAAAUGAUGCUUUAAAGAGUUAAGUUUCCAGAUAUCACUCCACUUCUUCUCACUUGCAAAUUCUCCAGCAACUUUUGCAUCGCAACAAUGCACGCAGGUUAUAAUUUCAACUCGGACAGCGUUUCCACAUCGGGACAGAAAGCUUUGACCUAUCACCGAAUUAUUGAAGCCUUUAAAUUUGCGUACGCAAAGAGAAGCAUGCUGGGAGAUCCCCGAUUCAUCAACAUCACUGGGCUCAUCUCCAACAUGACCUCCGACUACUUUGCAGCGAGACUCUGGGCGAAGAUCACAGACAACACCACGCAUGGUAUGGAGUACUAUGAACCCGAGUUCUACACCAGCGAAUCCCACGGCACCGCACACAUAUCGUUGGUUGCUGAGGAUGGCAGUGCUGUGUCGGCGACCAGCACCAUCAACCUGUAUUUUGGAUCCAAGGUGAGGUCCACCACCAAUGGCAUCAUCUUCAACAAUGAAAUGGAUGACUUCUCCUCCCCAGGCACCAAGAAUUAUUUCGGUGUUCCACCUUCUGCUGCCAACUUCAUCAAACCAGGCAAGACGCCACUGUCCUCCAUGUGUCCUGCUAUAAUUCUCAACGGAGACAACUCAGUGAAAAUGGUGGUGGGUGCCUCUGGGGGAACGAAGAUCACUACGGCAACGGCGCUGGUAAUAAUGAACACGCUGUGGUUUCAUUACAAUAUGGAGGAAGCUGUGAAGGCACCCAGAUUUCACAAUCAACUCUACCCAAAUAUCACCGAUGUGGAGAAGGCACUCGAGCAGGAGGUACAGCUGGGCCUGACGGAGAGAAACCAGGUGCUGAAUGUCGUAACCAAGCUGACAGCAGCAGGCGUGGUCCAGGCCAUCGUGCGGAACGGAGGAAGGUGGGAUGCUGUGUCAGACUACCGGAAAGGAGGACAAUCCGCGGGUUACUGAGGAGUACCCCUCUUUGGCCAACCCUAAUUGGUUGGUCUGUCCAGUUCUGUGCGCAGACUGACGAGUGGAACUGGCAGGAACCAAACUGAUCAACCGAUCUGUAAUCGAACCCUCCAAUCCAAUGUGCUGUACUAUCCUAACCCGUCAUGGUGAAGAAUGGCAACUUUACCUGUCUGCACCUUCAUCAAAUACUUUAACAGCCACAAGCAGUAGCUCUUAAGACAUCUGGAGUUGGGGAGGAACCAGCCCACAGGAAUGUAAAUUGUGUAUUCAGUUCAGACACGUGGCUGGACACAGAGAUGCAGACUCCUUUGCUGGCUCUCUCUGAAACUGAUAGCAUUUGAAUCAUUGUGCCACCCACUUCCAAUCUUCUGAAAUCCAACCCAUCCCACUUCAACCUCAAGUCCUUCCCAACCUUCAAACCCACUCCCAACCACACCCAGCCUGUCUAGCCUUUACAAGCCAUUCCCAACUUAUUCCAAACUUACCAACCUAUUCCCAACCUCAAAUUAUUGCCAACCUCCUCCCAACCUCACCAACCUGACCCCAUCAUUCCCAGCCUGAAAGCAGUGCUAACAUCCACAGUGGGCAGUCUAAAGUGAAGGUUGCCACUCCACCUGCCUCUCAGACUUGUCCUGGCUGGGUCAGGAGAACACGUGCAAACCCAACAGUCAUUUGCAGUCACAUCUUUGGUUGUCAACGUUCUAGCUCAGAAAGAGUUUACUUUGAGUUCCAGCGGUGCUCUGUCCCUGGUCAAUAAUUUCUCUAAUAUUCAUAAGACCUAUGUAGUUUUGCUGGGAAUCCAAUCUAGCUUCAGUGCUUGUUGAUCAGUUCGGUAAGUUUGAGACCCUGUACCUAAGAGCUGGCCUGCAUUUGGUGAGUACCCAGAGUCCAUUUGCCGUCCCUUCCUCUCCCCUGCACAUUCCCUGGCCGGUUUCCAUGUCUCUUCUUCUCGACCUCCCUUAGCAGAUGCUCUGUCAGGAAUAAUGGGACCAAUUUGCCCUGUUCUGGCCAUUGGAGGCUGAACUGUAACUCAUUGCACCCUCCAGCCCUGGCCGAGGGUCCCGGCUUCUCUGUCAAUGAGCGGCUUGGCUCUGAGUAACUCACCAUAUUCCUGAGGCACAGGAUUGUGUCAACUGUUUCUCUGCAACAUUGUGAACACCCCAAUAAAUUCUGAA